AUGCAAACUGCUUCUACAAACCUUUGUGAAAGACUGUGCAAUAAGUCAAUCUGUGAAAUUUCUUUGCUACUAAAUGUUCCACGGUCAACUGUUAGUGGUAUUAUAACAAAGUGGAAAUAACUGGGAACAACAGAAACUCAGCCAUGAAGUGAUAGACCACGUAAAAUGACAGAGCGGGGUCAGCACAUGCUGAAGCGCACAGUGCGCAGAAGUCACCAACUGUCUGCAGAGUUAUUAGCUAAAGACCUCCAAACUUCGUAUGGCCUUCAGAUUAGCACAACAGUGUGUGGAGAGCUUCAUGGAAUGGGUUUCACUGGUCAGGUGGCUGCAUCCAAGCCUUAUAUCACCAAGUGCAAUUAAAAAACGUUGGAUGCAGUGGUGCAAAGCACGCCGCCACUGGGCUCUAG